CGCGCUGCUAUAUGAAGGCAGUAUUUUAAGAAGAUGACAACCAGCCAGAUGGAAACCAAGUUGACGUCACAGCCCAGAUCCAAUGGUAUGACGAAUGGAGGGGCAAGGAUUGUUGUGGAUGAUGAUGACGAAGUUCUUAGCCCCACCGACCUGUCCGAGAUGUUAGCUGAGGGGACCAAGGAGGCCCACGACAGAGCAGAGAACUGCCAGUUUGUUAAAGAUUUCCUCCGAGGCUGCAUCAAGAGGGAGCUGUUUAAGAGGGGCACAGCAGCUCUAUACUUCGUCUACAUGGCCAUAGAGGAGGAGAUUGAGAAGAAUAAGGACCAUCCUCACAUCGCCCCAAUCUAUUUCCCCGCAGAGCUGCAUCGGCGCGAGGCUCUGGCCCGGGACCUUGAGUACUUCUAUGGAGAGGACUGGGAGAGCCAGAUCAGCCUCUCUGCAGGCACCAAGCCUUACGUGGACCGCAUCCACGAGGUGGGACAGAAUGACCCGGUGCUGCUGGUGGCCCACUCCUACACCCGCUACAUGGGUGACCUCUCAGGUGGACAGAUCCUCAAGAAAGUGGCCCUGAGGGCACUGAAGCUCCCUUCAACAGGCGAGGGUCUCAACUUCUACCAGUUUGAAGGUAUCCACAGUCACAAGGGUUUCAAGCAGCUUUACCGAAGCAGGAUGAACGAGCUGGAAUUGGACGCUGAGACCAAAGGGAGGAUUGUCGACGAGUCCAACCGGGCCUUUGGUUUUAACAUGAUGGUUUUUACAGAGCUUGAAGAGAUUGGGAAGACCAUUAAAGAAGAAGUCCAAGAUGCAGGAUUUGGACACGGUCAUGCAGAGAUCAUGGAGGGAGGUGAUAUCAACAAGUGUCCCUACUAUGCAGCAAAAAUGGUUGCCAGUGGAAAUCCCACCUUCGCCUGCCAGUUAGCCAUGACGCUUCUCAGUCAUCCACCCUGUCAGAUGGCUCUGGCCGCCUGUGUGGCUUUCUUUGCUGGAUUCGCUGCCUGGUACCUUCUGUGAACGCUGACACACUCGUUCUGCUAUCAUCUCUGAGCAAAGAGCAGAGGACACUGUUGCAUACUAACAAACUUUAUUAUCUUCAGUUUCAAUCAUAUACCGUCGACAAGUAGCAAAAAAGAAAGUAGGAACUGAACAUGUUGAGAUAAGGUUUUGCAGCAAACAUUUGUAACAUUUUCUCAUUGACAUUUUGCGUUUUAAUAGCUGUUACGGUAUUAAUUUAUUCUUAUUUUCCCUCAUUUAUUUUCUAUGUGGAACAUACAUUUGUAGUGUGACUAGCAGUGAAACAUAAAGAGCCGACAGAGACGUUAUGAUGCAUUUGCUCUGUAU